UGUCUCUGAACGCAUCUCGGCCGCUUUUCACCCAAGAUGCACCUGUCCAACUGAACUGUCUGCGAAAAGCCAUUUUGUUGUGCUAGCUAGCUAUGAUGUGGGUAAAGAAAGCCACCAAUAAUAUGGGUCUGUUGUAUCAACGCUAACUAUGUCAAUUUUAGGUGUUUGUUUGCUGUUGCGAAAUACAAUAAUUGAACUCGUUAAAAUCUGUAAGUAAUCAAUACUGGCAUGGACUAGCCUAAAAAAAGCUAAAGUGUUGAGGAGUAGACGAAAGCUGGUAACGUUAGCUAAAGUGUGCUGCAGUUUCAUAUAACAUAGCUACUGUUAGCUAGCUAGCUAACUAUCUGUUUACUUAACUGACCGUAGUUAUGUUUUCUGAUUGAUUAACCCAACAUUAGUCAGUGUUUGUUUGUAAAUGUGUUUUAAAUAUACUGCGACUGUCUGCGCUGUCCACCAAAGACAACAAAGAGUCUGUGUUGCUGACAGUAAAUAAACAGGCGAUUGAACAAUCAAACAGUAACUCAGCAAAACACUUGAAGCAUACAGCGAUAAGCCAAAGCGCUAAUCUGAUAAUGGCAGAGGACACCCGGCAGGACAAGAGAGCCAGCUUCUCUGCUAUACCGGAGCACAACACCAACGGGAUGGCCAGGACCUCCGCUGUGGCCUCAAGCAAAAGUGGCGCUUCAAAGAAAUUAGUGAUCAAAAAUUUCAAAGACAGGCCAAAACUAGCAGAGAACUAUACUGAGGACACGUGGCUGAAGCUACGCGAUGCAGUGGGUGCCAUCCAGAACAGCACCUCUAUCAAGUACAAUCUGGAGGAGCUUUAUCAGGCGGUAGAAAACCUCUGUUCGUAUAAAGUCUCCCCCACGCUGUACAAGCAGCUAAGGCAGGUCUGUGAAGAUCACGUACAGGCCCAGAUCCAACAGUUUAGAGAAGAGUCUUUGGACAACCUUUCCUUCCUGAAGCGAAUGAAUCGCUGCUGGCAGGACCACUGCAGGCAAACUAUAAUGAUCCGAAGUAUUUUUCUCUUCCUGGAUCGUACCUAUGUGCUUCAGAACUCCCUACUCCCCUCCAUCUGGGACACUGGGUUGGAACUGUUUCGUACCCACAUUGUGAGUGACAGUGCAGUUCAGAAGCGCACAGUAGAUGGCAUUUUGGAGCAGAUAGAACUCGAGCGAAAUGGAGAGACGGUAGACCGGAGUCUCAUCAGGAGCCUGCUGGGCAUGCUGUCAGACCUACAGGUUUACAAAGAUUCCUUUGAAGAGAGAUUUUUGAUUGAGACCAAUCGCCUGUAUGCAGCAGAGGGACAGCGGCUGAUGCAGGAGAGAGAUGUGCCUGAGUACCUGCACCAUGUGGCUCGACGGUUGGAGGAGGAGAAUGAUCGUAUCAUGAGCUACCUCGACCAGAGCACUCAGAAACCACUUAUUAGCUGCGUUGAGAAACAACUUUUAGGAGAACACAUGACUGCAAUGCUACAAAAAGGUUUGAGCAUCCUGCUGGAUGGGAAUCGUUUGACUGAGCUGGUCCUCCUCUACCAGCUCUUCAGCAAGGUGAAGGGAGGACUUCCCACACUUUUGCAGUUCUGGAGGGAUUACAUAAAGUCCUUCGGUGGAGAGAUUGUAUGUACUCCAGAGAAAGACAAGGACAUGGUGCAAGACCUGCUGGACUUCAAGGACAAGAUGGACAACGUCGCACAGAGCUGCUUUACACGCAAUGAGGGAUUCAUCAACGCCAUGAAGGAGGCCUUUGAGGCCUUUAUCAACAAGAGGCCCAACAAACCUGCUGAACUUAUUGCUAAAUAUGUGGAUUCUAAGUUAAGAGCAGGAAACAAGGAGGCUACAGAGGAGGAGCUGGAGAGAAUCCUGGAUAAGAUAAUGAUAAUCUUCCGUUUCAUACACGGGAAAGAUGUGUUCGAAGCUUUUUAUAAGAAGGACUUGGCCAAGCGUCUGCUGGUUGGCAAGAGUGCUUCUGUUGACGCUGAAAAGUCCAUGCUCUCCAAGCUCAAACAUGAAUGCGGAGCAGCAUUCACCAGUAAGCUAGAGGGGAUGUUCAAGGACAUGGAACUGUCCAAAGACAUCAUGAUCCAGUUCAAACAGUAUAUACAGAACCAGAGCGAGCCAAGCAACAUAGAACUUACUGUCAACAUCCUCACUAUGGGCCACUGGCCUUCAUACACACCCAUGGAGGUGCACUUGCCCCCAGAGAUGGUAAAACUGCAGGAGGUGUUCAAGCUGUUCUACCUGGGGAAGCACAGUGGGAGGAAGCUGCAGUGGCAGCCCACACUGGGCCACGCUGUACUUAAGGCGGAGUUUAAAGAGGGUAAGAAGGAGGUGCAGGUCUCGCUGUUCCAGACGCUGGUGCUGUUGAUGUUCAAUGAGGGAGAGGAAUUCAGCGUGGAGGAGAUUCGCACUGCCACUGGCAUAGAGGAGGGAGAGCUUAAGCGCACACUGCAGUCCCUGGCCUGCGGAAAGGCGCGCGUCCUCAACAAGAACCCUCGAGGGAAAGACGUGGAAGAUGGAGACCGCUUCAAUUUCAACAACGAUUUUAAACACAAACUGUUCCGAAUCAAGAUCAACCAGAUCCAGAUGAAGGAAACGGUAGAGGAGCAGGUAAGCACCACAGAGCGUGUGUUUCAAGACAGGCAGUAUCAGAUCGAUGCAGCUGUGGUGCGCAUCAUGAAGAUGAGGAAGACUCUUAGUCACAACCUACUGGUAUCAGAGCUUUACAACCAGCUGAAGUUCCCUGUAAAGCCGGGCGAUCUGAAGAAGCGGAUCGAGUCACUCAUAGACAGAGACUACAUGGAACGUGACAAGGAGACUCCUAACCAGUACCACUAUGUUGCCUGAAGGGAUACCACUGUUACUGCCAUGCUUUCCUCACAGCAAGCAUACAGCUGGCCCCCCAAAAACAGCAUUGCAGCCCUUCAGCCACCCGACUCUCCUCUGGUGCCCAUCUUUCCCUCCAUCCACAAUGCUGAUCGCAGCAUCCAGAUCACACAGAGCUCCAGAGAGACAAGAGGGACCUGGCUGUGCUGUUUCCACUCUGCGUCAUCUGUAGUGGGAUGGGGCUGGAGGAGAGGCCCGGGUUGUUGAUGCUUGGUUUAUGUGACUUACAAAUCUGCUAAUGCAAAACUCAACUGAAAAUGACUAGCACUUUCCUUUGUUUUUGUUUCUUCCUCCCCAGGAUUUGGAUUAUUUUUUUUUUUUUCCUCCAUCACGUCGUUCUAAAAUCACUUAUUUUCUACCAUAGUUGGUUUGUCUUGAGUUUUAAGAUUUUUUUUGUUUUGUUUUGUUGUUUUGUUCAAGGCGUUCUUCUUGUGAAUGGCUGCAUAAACUGCUGAGUGUAAACCUGAUUGGUUGGUCGCUUUAUUUGGCAGAGAAACAGCUGUUGAGGACAAGAAGAGACUUGAGAAGGAUGAUGUGGGCCAGAUGGGUUUGGGUCAGAGGGAAGGGGUUAUUGCUUGUAACACAGAAGCUAAAUGACAUGCAGGCAAGCCACUUGGGUAUUUCUUUGGGUAUCUUAUAUGUUUUGACCAAAAUGCCCAAAUGUCCAAUGUCAUUUGCUGACGUUUUUGUAGAACAGAUUGUAUUCUAUGUAAGAGUGAGAAAAGUGAACCUGAAUAAAUGGAUAUUUAAUGAUUCAAUGAAUGAUUUGUAGACAA